AUGUUCUUUCUGGGGGAGGAACCCCCCCGGCACGUCGACAGCGGUGGCUCGAUAGUGAUGCCUGCCACCGACAUGGACCUGGACGACGUGCGUUGGAUGUUCGAGACCAACGUCUUUGGCGUCAUGGCCAUGGUCAAGGCGUUCACGCCGCUCCUCAUCGCCGCCAAGGGGCUCAUCAUCAUGAUCUCGUCCCUGUCGUCCGUCACGCCCUACCUCUUCGGCUCGGCCUACAGCGCCAGCAAGGGCGCGCUCAACUCGUACUCGAGAGGGCUGCGGAUGGAGAUGCGUCCCUUUGGCGUUCGUGUCAUGGUUUCCAUGACGGGAACCGUAAGGUCUCUCAACAAGGACACGCAGGUGCACAAGCCGCUCCCGCCCGACAGCCUCUACCAGCGCAUCAAGGACGUGUUCGAGUGGCGCCUGCGCUUCUCCCAGAUCGACGGGACCGUCGACACCCGCAAGUUCGCCGCGCAGCUGGUGCGCAAGUCGCUGCAGCCCGAGUGGCCGAUCCUGCUGCGGGCCUGGCUCGGCCGCCCGGACUGGUUCUGGGCCGGAGGCCUGGCCGGCCGCGUCUGGCUCGCCAGGACGCUCCUCGGCGAGUGGAUCAUCGACGUCCAGUGUUGGAAGAAGUUCAAGCUGUGGAAGCUCGAGGAGCUGGUCAAGCAGGACGAGGCCAAGAAGCUCAAGUGA